UUGCGAUGGUUCAAUGAAGGACGUAGAAGGAAAAUCAGACAAGGUUGUCUCAUCCUUUCCAUUCACUCAUUAUGGCAUUCGAAGCUCGCAGAAGAAGUUAUCUAUAUGUCUUUGCUCAAAGUUAAGUAAAAAUGUAUUUACACUGAAGUCAGAUGACCGGUGUAUGUGUACUGCAGAAGAUCGACGAUAUGGAAUCAGGUAUCGGUGUAUGAAAUUGGCUUCAGUAGCAUCGUCAUGCAUCGUCAAUGACAAAUUAUUGCAGCCAUCAUAUUGCUCAGCAAAUUCACUUAGAAAUGCUACUGAAGCAUCGAUUAUGCUCAGGUUGUCGUGCAUUUUGUACAGAGGUAAUUUAGUUCGGCGUAUUUAUUUAAAAGGCGAGUUAAAAGUAUGUUGUUCAACUAAUGAGCAACACAUAAUGCAUGCAGAUUGUCACUAUUACUUGAAUCAAACAUGCUGUCAUUGCAAUGCGUAUAAAACUGCAACAACCUGUGUAAUUUACUCCCCAUAUAAAAACGUUUUAUUUGAAAAGCUCGAUGCUAUUUACCCGUUGAUGAUACAGGGAAUACAGUUAAAUCUUUGUAAGUUCUUUUUUUUUUUCCUUGAUGUACCUCUUCAUGGUGAAUAUCUUCUUCUAGCCGUUGAAGCAGAUAAUGCAUUUUCUGUUAGAAUACUUCUUCAUCAUGGUGCACCAAUUAUUUUCCAAUCUAAAUCAGAUGAGAUAGUAGAUGUGUUCAGUGUAGCAGUUACAAAAGGCAGUUAUAACGCAGCAGAAGAAAUUCUAAAAUAUGUCAACUAUAGCUGCACUCAAAUGCAGAGAUUCAUAAACGGUCGCUUGCUGGAAUUCAUUGAUAACAUUUCCUAUCAAGUACUGGACGUUUUGCUUGCGUAUGGCACUAAUAUUUACGAACGUAAUAAAAAAGGAGAAACGAUUUUUCAUAAAUUGGCUGAUCAUCGUGAUGAGAAAUAUGCAGUUACAGUAGCAAGUAAAUUGUUCGAAAAUAGAGAAGUUGUAUCGUCAUUUAUAAAUGCUGGUGAUAAUCUCAAUCGAACUGCCUUACAAAUAGCUUGUGAAAAUAGCCGCUGGGAAUUAGUUAUCGAUAUAAAUCUUGCCGAAAAACCAUAUUUCUACAAAACAUGCAUGUAUGCAAUUUUUACAAAAAUGUAUCGUAUUUUGCACACAUUUUCUUUACCUCUCCAUAGUUACAUGAAUAGGUUUCUUGUGAAACAUGGCGCAAAACCGAGAGGUUUGUCUGUUUCUGUACAAUUACCAGAAUUUAUAAGUCUUUGUAUGCAACGUUUGGAAAGAAGUAUGGAAAUUAAGAAUUCCUUAUUGCUCUCAUCCAAAUAUUUUGGUAACAUAGAUAUAAUUCUGCAUAGUCACUCGAAUGUCAUACUUGGAUUGUUUCAAAAUCAGUUAAUAUUUGAUUCCUGUAAUUAUAAAGAUAUAACAAUGGGUCAUGAAUGUGUUGUGAUACCGCUGGAAAAUGGUACUAAUGAUGGAGCGACGUUGAGUCCAGAUUUUGAAUAUUUAAGUGUCAUUACUGAUGUUAAUUUCUUCCGCACUCAUGUGGACUUUUCUCUCGUGUGCCACUGCACUAAUGAUUGUAAAGAAGACUGUCCCUGUAAUUCUCGCUGUGUAUAUGACUCAAAUGGCCGACUCACUGAUGAAACAAUUGAUUUAGCGAUUAAAGGAGCAUUAGGCACUGUAUUGGAGUGCAGCACAUGCUGUUUCUGUUCAAUUAAUUGCAGGUCAAGAGUAGCUCAAAAACGUAUUCGUUGUCGAUUACAGAUCUAUCGUUCAAUAAAAUAUGGAUGGGCUGUAAGAGCUGUUUCUUUUAUUCACAAAGGAAGUUUCAUAUGUGAGUAUACUGGCGAGCUUAUUUCAACGUCUGAAGCAGAUGAUCGUACAGACGACGAUUAUCUAUUUGAAACCGUGGACUCAUUAUCUACACGUUGUAUUGAUGCAAAAUUCAAGGGGAGCGUGUCUAGAUUCAUUAAUCAUAGCUGCGAUGCAAAUGUAGUAGUUCUUCGAGUUGUAUGGGAUGCACACACUUGUCAUUUACCACAUAUUUGUUUUUAUGCAAAAAGAGAUGUGCAAGAGGGAGAAGAAUUAACUAUUGAUUAUGGAAGUCAGUGGUGGAAAGUCAAAUUGAAAAAAUUCGCUUGCAAAUGUGAAUCGGAAAACUGUAACUAUACAGACGCGAUUCGAGAGAAAUUUUUGGAAUCACAAGAGAAUGAGAAGUCUUCCAGUUCAGUAGAACAAAAAAAAAUGUCUUCCUAAAA